AUGUCCGAGCAUCAUGGCUCAAGCUCCCCUGAGGAGACGUCGAGUGAACAUGAGUCUGCGUCUGUCACCUCCAUUGACGACGAUGGCGAGCUCUCCACACCAUAUCUCCACCUGAAGGCCCCUUGGACACCGCCACGACCACGAUCAGCUGCCGACGUCGGACCCAUCUUCCCGUUCUCGCUGCUGUCGGCCUGCAGUGCCCAAGGGCGAGCUGUCACCAUGUGUCAGUACGCGCGCUCCAUGGCCGCACAGGACACGGCGAGCAGCGUUAAGAGCAGGACCAGACUGAGAGGUGACGCGGUGGGGUGCCCACGCGACUGGACCCUGAACUCCGUCAUCGCAGCACUCGUCUGCAGGAGGUCCGCCGUGCUUGCAAAAUGCACCACCACCACAUUCGGCCAUGCGAGAAGCGCGUCGAGUAGCAAUGGCAUUGGCGAGGGCGCGCCUGGAGACACACGCACACCGGCCCUGUCGCACCGCAUGAAGCACGACAAGUCGAUUCUCGCGCUUGCCGUGUCCUCGCAGUAUAUUUUUGCCGGCACACAGGGAGGCGAGCUACUCGUCUACAGCCUCGACACGUACGAGCGCCGGCGCGUCAUUCAGGCACACAAGGGCAGCGUACUCGGUCUGUGUCUGUCGCAAGACCAGCAAUUUCUCUUCUCCAGUGCUACAGACCCCAUCAUCAAUGUCUGGUGCACCUCCACCUUCCGCCAUCUCUACGCCCUCUGGUCGCCCUACGAUGUCGGCGACAUCUUCUGCGUCGCGUACUCGUCUAUUCACCGUACCGUCUAUCUCGGUGCACAAAACACCAGUAUACAAUGGUAUGAUCUGAAGGAGAAGGACACCCGCCCGCGACCUGAACUCGCGUCACACCCCUCACAACGCAAGAACCGCUUUUUCGAUUCGCUAGGCCCCGGCGGCGCGCAGACACCAAAACCGUUGGGUGCAGAUACGAAGCCACGAGAUGCCGUGGGCGGGCAGGAGCUCCAGAUCGACAGCCAGGACAUCUGCCAGUUUGCACAUUUUGGCUACGUCCACUGCAUGCUCUUGGGCACCGGCAUUUUGCCGGAAGCUCCUUCAGAAGAGGUGUUGGUCUCUGGAGGAGGCGACGGGCGCAUUCUGCUUUGGCGUAUAGAUUCAGCGAGAGGAGGCUCCAUCUCCAACAUUUGUGCACUCGAGGACGGCAGAGAAGAGGGCGAGUCAAUCUUGUCCUUGGCCCGUGAAGGCUCUUUCCUCUACAGCGGACGAUUCGAUGGCGAGGUCAAUGUCUGGGACCUGGAAACGCGCCAGCUGGUCAGAAGUCUGAAAGCCAAUACCGGCGACGUCCACACUCUCACACUGGGGGCAGGCGUUCUUUUCGCCGGCGGCAAGUCUGGCGUCGUACAUAAAUUCAACGAGCAUUACGAAACCAUGUCAACGUUCAAAGCGCACAACGGAGUGAUCCUAGCAUCUGCAUACACAACGUACAACGACAAACCCACGUUGGUGACUGGUGGCAAUGACAACACAAUCGUCAUAUGGGAAGUGCGGGAUUGCGCAGAGCCUACGGCCGCCACACGAAGAAGCAAUAACGAUCUCAUGGUAGAAUCACUCAGCCAAUUUGUCAACUUCCGGACAGUCUCAUCGCUGCCCAAGUAUCGAGCCGACUGCCGGCGAGGCGCAUCUUACUUGCGCUCGGUGUUCCAGAACUUUGGUGCCGUCACUGAGAUGAUCAACACGAGCGAGCCAUACAAUCCGAUCGUAUUUGCCAAGUUUAGAGGCAACCCUGCAACAGCUGCGUCGCGGAAGAAGAUUCUCUUCUACGGUCACUACGAUGUCAUACCUGCCGAGAACGAGCACGGAAAAUGGAAGCAUGAUCCUUUCACGCUCACUGGCGAGGGUGGCUACUUGUAUGGCAGAGGCGUGUCUGACAACAAAGGCCCAAUUAUGGCCGCCAUAUAUGCCGCACACGAGCUAGCGAACGAGCAAAGUCUUGAUGCUGACAUCAUCUUCCUGAUUGAGGGUGAGGAAGAAAGCGGCUCUCGUGGGUUUGAGAAAGCCGUGCAGGCGAGGAAAGACCUGAUUGGCGAUGUAGACUGGAUUCUGUUGGCCAACAGCUACUGGCUCGACGAUCACGUACCGUGUAUCACAUAUGGCCUGCGUGGUGUCAUUCACGCCACGGUCCAGGUCGAGAGUGAACAUCCAGAUCUGCAUAGCGGUGUCGACGGUAGUGCGCUGCUCGACGAGCCGCUGAAAGAUCUUGUCAUGCUCCUGGCCAAACUUACUGGCCGCCAUGGUAAGGUCCAGAUCCCUGGCUUCUACGACCCCAUCCUUCCCCUUGCAGCAGGUGAGAAGGAGCUUUACACCGAGAUCACCCAGACCCUACUACGCAACAACCCCGACCUUGGCGACCCAGAAGAGCUCGCUCAGUCUCUGAUGCGCAGAUGGCGCGAAGCCUCCCUAACCAUCCACCGCUUCCAAACCUCCGGCCCGGAGAAUUCCACCAUCAUCCCACGUCUUGCCAAAGCCGCCCUCUCAAUCCGUCUGGUUCCCAACCAAGAAGCCGCUGACGUGGCCUCCUCGCUGCAAAACUUCCUCGCCACCGAAUUUGCCGCCCUCGACUCCAAGAACCACCUCUCCACCACCAUCGACCACGUCGCCGAACCAUGGCUUGGCGACCACUCAAACCAGAUCUUCCAGACCCUCGAGCGCGCUAUCACCGCCGUCUGGGCGCCGACCCUGCAGCGCCCCGCUACAAGUUCCGCCUCUCAUGCUUCCCCCCCAAAGCCGUUCCUGCCCACGUCUAACACGCUCGCUAACAGCCCCGACCCGUCGCCGACAACGGAGGCGCCAUCUGUUGUAAAGCCCCUGUAUAUCCGCGAGGGCGGCAGCAUUCCCAGUAUCCGCUUCCUGGAGAAGCAGUUCGGGGCGCCGGCAGCGCAUUUGCCGUGCGGGCAGGCGAGUGAUAGUGCGCAUUUGGAUAAUGAGAGACUGAGGUUGGUGAAUCUGUUCAAUAGUAAGAAGAUCUUUAAGAGGGUGUUUUGGGAGUUGCCAAGGAAAUAG